AUGCACGUCCUACUGAAAUUCACUCUAACUGCAUUCUUUUUAUCUUCAUUAUGUGGGAGUUAUGAACUGAACAAGAAAAAUACUAAAUGUAACAUUCCAUUGGUAAUUCGUGGGCAGUGGUAUUCAUGGGAAAAUGGCCGUAGUACUACAACAGAAGUUGAUGCUACAAGUAUGUCUAAACGAGGUACUUGUAUUAGAUCAAUGGAAGAAAAUCAAGUGAAUUUCACAUUUGUCUUUCAAAAAAAUGCUGAAGAUUGCUAUACUUGUGUUAAAUUUAUGGUACGUACUGUAAAUGUACUGGAUAAAAUGGAAAGUGUUUGUAUGACAUUAAAUCCGAAUGAAGCCGAAUCUCCUGACAAAAUAUGUCAAUUUCAAGACACACAAUUAAUCACAUUAUUUUCUGAGAAUUACAUACCAGUAAAUUGUCGGUCUAGUCUUGAAGGUGUUUGGCAGUUUGCUUACCAAAAUCGUUUCCGUUUUACUGGUGAAUGUAAUAAUCCUGAAGCUCAAAUAAAAUCAUGUCAGACAGCUGGAACACAAUUUUUAAUAACUAAUCAAAAAUUUAAUAUAACAUAUAAAAAAUGCCCGGGUAUGACUGGUACAUUUGAUGGAGUUGUUGAGUACAGUUGUUUAGGAGAUUGGUUUGUGGACAAAAAUCAUUUCUUUGCUGUAGCCAAUACUAAAGAAUCUCGAAAAGAUGAAAAAUAUAGAUGUUUUUUGAAAAAUCGAGAUGAUGAUUUAUAUAUUGGAGUGUCUAUAACAGCAGAGUGCAACACACUUCAGACAGUUGAGAAAAGUCCUGAGAGAUUACAUAUUAAUCCUGUUAAAGCUGAAGUCGUAGAACCCGGUUGUAGAUUACCACAAAAUUUUAGUGGUGACUGGGUGAAUACAGCUAAUAUGGAUGCUGAUGUAUUUAUCAAUGAAACUCAUGUAAUUGAAACAUGGUACCCAGAUGAAGCACGUUUUAGAAGGACAAUUUAUGUCUGUCGUGAACAGAGAGGAUCUCGUUACAUGAUGGCUAGACUUACUGUUGAUGGAUGCCAAAAAGAUUAUGUAUGUUUUGAUUUUGUACCAAGACAUCAUAAUAUUAUUCGUUAUAGAAAAGGUUUAGCUUUUAUUAAAGAUAACUUUCAUACAGUAUGCUCAUGGGUACAGUUUCCAAAUAAAGAUAAUUGGAAAUACGAUAUUUUUGUUUCUAAGACUCCUGUCCCUGUUCGAUGUCCAGUUGCGGGAAAAUUUAACUUUACUCAGAAAGGUGAUUUUUUGUUUGAAACUCGUAUUCUUGGUGGUGUUACAUUAUCACCUCGUCCACAAAUUUCUUGCAAGGACAAAAUAUCAGAUUUUGCUGCCUGUGAUGGUGAUCAAAAAGAGAUUACUAUUGAUGAAUCAUUUUGCCUUGAUGUGGAUCAUCGUGGUCAACCUAUAGACAUUUACAGUGAUCCAGACUAUAGAUUACAGUGCAUUGGUUAUUGGAAAGAAAAUUUGAAAUCCUAUUUAAUAACAUAUGAUCCUCUUGAUGCAGCUAGCAUGUACAGAUGCUGGGUGUACCAAAGAGCUGAUCUUAAUCGUGUACUCAUGUCUCAAGCCAUAGGAUCGUUUUGUGAUCUGAAACAAGAUGCAUUUAGUAAUAACUAUACACAAGGAGCUACUGUUGCUGUUGAAAUGACUGAAUAUGAACGUGAACGAGAUCAAUGCCCAAUGUAUUUUGAUGAUGGAGCAAAUCCAUGGGUUCAUUCAGACAAUUAUAUACAAGUUUUUAAAUAUGGGAGGUCUUCAACUUUAAUUAUUUCAACAAGUAUGCUCUCAUUUGCUAUUUUAUUUACUGUUAUGCUAUAAAUAAUUUAUGGUAUGUCAUACUAAAUUAUAAUUAAUUUUAUAAGCUUUAUCACAUACAUAUUUACUGUGUAAUAAUUCAUAUACUUAUUAUAUAAAAUGCACGGUUUAUGUUGGUAAUUGUCAGUAAUCUCAGCUAUACUUUGUUCACCGAAAGAAUACACAUAUUUUUCAAUUAAAAUCUGUCAGGCGUUGUUCAUUGUUCAUAACGUCUCUACUAGGCUGUAAGCAGUAAGAUAUAGUGUGGUGGGGAUAAACAGAUGUGCAUUAUCUCAUUGAACAGAGUAUACUGAAGUAUUUUUAUAAAUAUUUUAACUAUUUAAUGGUAAUUUUAUUGGCUUAUAAUCACUAGUAUUUGAAUGAUCUAAAUUAACAAUAUAGUAUAAAAUAUAUGAUACUGGAUUUAUUAAUUUUUUGAAAGAAUAAUAUACAAAUUUUAAGAUUUCUUGUAGUAAUUACAGGAUGUAUAAUUGUAUUCUAGUUCAGAUAACUGACAAGUACCCACUUCUUAAUAGCUUAGAAUAAUAACUAGAAUCAAUUAAUAUCAAUAGAUGUAUAUAUGUAGAGAUUUAAACAAAAAAAAUUAAUAAUUGUUACCAAACAAAAAAA